UCCAAGAAAGGUGGAGACUUCGGGAUAACUUCCUGUACUGUACACGUAAAGCAGAAAAAAGGACCCCAGCUCGGAAACAACUCCUAAGUCGUUUUGAAGGGCAAAAACUGAAUGGAUUUAUUUCGCGAAUAACAACAAUAAUCAAAAGAAAUCCACGCAAGCGCAACUCCACACAGUUGAGGUACACGGAUAGAGAAAUAACACACACUGCUAGCAUCCGAGUUGCUAGCUAACGUCGGCUUAAAGGACGUGAAGACGCUCGUGCAUCAAAGGGCAGUAUGGUUGAAGUGGUGGUGGAGUAUGAAUAUGAAGCUGCACACGAAGAUGAACUGACCCUUCGACUAGGAGAUGUAAUCAAAAAUGUGCGACGAAUAGAGGAAGAUGGAUGGAUGGAAGGUGACCUAAAUGGACGAAGAGGCCUUUUCCCAGACAACUUUGUUAAGGAGUUGAGGAAAGAAUCAAAAGAGGAAACAAAAGAAGCAAAGGAAGUGAAGGUGGAUGCACAGCCACAGCGAAGGUCAUCAGGAAACGUGGCCAGUCUGGUGCAGAGAAUCAGCACUUAUGGCAUUCCAGCAGGAGGCCUGGGCUUCCAGCCACGAACGUCCAAAAAGAAACCGAAAAAACGUCAGUGUAAAGUUCUGUUCGAGUACGUGCCACAGAAUGAGGAUGAGCUUGAGCUGAAAGUGGGCGAUAUCAUCGACAUCUCUGAGGAGGUGGAGGAAGGCUGGUGGAGUGGGGUCAUGAACGGGAAGGCUGGCCUCUUCCCCUCCAAUUUUGUCAAAGAAAUCGAGAUAAGUGAAGAUGAUGAGAACAACGAUGUGCCCAGUGAGCCAGACAGUAAAGAGGAGGUCACAAGUCCAACUUCCCCUCACGCUGGAAACGGGGUCAUCGCACAGCCUAAAAAGAUCAAAGGUGUUGGGUUUGGCAACAUUUUCCGUGAAGGCUCAGUGAAGCUCAAACCUCGCUUGUUGUCAUCUGAAUCCGAGGAAAAGAAAGAAAAACCCAUCCCAUCAUUACCGUCAGCCCAUAAGCCUUUAAACACGGUAGAUGCUCACAAAAUGGAGAAAGAUGGAGACAGCAAAGGUAAAGUAAAGGAAUACUGUAAGGCCACUUUUAGUUAUGAAGCUACGAACCAAGAUGAGCUAGACAUUAAGGAAGGUGACAUUGUUCAUCUCCUCAGCAAGGAUACAGGGGAGCCGGGUUGGUGGAGAGGAGAGCUGAAUGGCAGAGAGGGGGUGUUUCCUGACAACUUUGUGGUGCUCAUUUCCGAGUCAGAAAAAGAGACACUCGUAUCCAGAGGCUCGUUUAAGCAGACUCAAAAACAAGAACCAGAAGAGAAGCCAAAGAAGCCACCGCCACCAUCCAAAUCUGCAGCACUGAAGCCAGACGUACCGAGUGCUGACAAGAAACUUGCACAGUCACGACCUGAGGAUAAAGUUGACAGGGCUCUACCAGAUAAACCUCUCAAGCCAGCUGCUCCUGUUGUACCCCCUAAAAAGCCUGUUCCCCUGCCGGGAAAAGGACUGCCGCGUCCAGGGGCACUACACCCAAAACGACCUGAAAAACCUCUUGCUCCAACUCCAGUAGCGAAGCAUAAUGGGGAGGUGUCACACAUACGACCAAAGUCAGACUUCGAGCCAUUGUUACCCGGCAAACCAAAAACGCUGUCUGGGGAUUGGGCUGAGAAGACCACCAACUUGGAUCUUAUGAGCUUUGAUGAUUUAUCCUCUACCUCGGAAAAGUUGUCUCACCCGACAGCAAACAGACCAAAGAUGCCUGGAAGGCGACUCCCAGCCCACUUCGGCGGGGGUCAAUCUCCAAACAAAGAAGCCAGCGAGAAAGCUCCAAAAACAGAAGAAGAGGAAACUCCUAGACCAAAGUUAUCUGAAAUUUGCAAGCCUUCCCACUUAACCCCAUCGUCCACUGUGCACAAGGCGGCGAAUUUUUCCACUCCUGAGCCCAAAGUGAAAGCUGAGGUGGAGGAGGAGAAAGGCAAAGACCUGGAUGAACUCAGGACUCAGAUUAAGGAGCUGUUGCUCUCCAUAGAGUUAUUGAAGACGCAGCAAAUGAGAGAGCUUGCAGACUUGAGAACUGAGCUGGAUGAAGAGCGGUUGAAACGGGUGGCUCUGCAGAUGGAGAUCGAGAAAUUAAAAAAGCAGGUACAAUCAACAUAAGGUGGGACUCCUGAGCUGCUAAAAGAAAGCCGUCACGACUCGAUGCUAGUCCAGGAGCGGCAGAUAUCAUUACCUUAAUCCUUUGAGUCACUGACCGACUCCAGGAAUUGUAAGAUUUACAUUUGCACAUAAUGAGCGUUUUUUUUUUUUUUAAAUGGUAUAGAAUGGUGUAAUUAAGACUGAUUGUAUAUGUUUUUUUUUUCUUGCUGUCUUUUUUUCCUUUUUGUUUGCCAACAAAAUUGAGGCCUUAUUAUAUACUACUGUGCUGGAUAUGCAGGCUCAACAAUCAUGUGGGCAGAUUUGCAGUUUAAUACUACUGAAGCUGUAUAAAGUCAUGGAUGGGAUUCUUUUGUUUUCUUAUUUUUAUGUCAUGAAGUAGGUUUUUGGGUUUUUUUUCCCCUAAGCUAUUAUGAUUGCAGCAAUAAUCUUUCGAUAUUAGCCUUUUCAGAUUACUAUGGAAUAUAUGUAAUUUACUCUGCUGCUGUAGUUACUAUGGAUUCUGUCGCUUUGUCAAGAGGGAGCUUUCCUUAAAGGGUUCCUAACAUUUUCAUUCAGGGUGACACUAUUGUGCCUGUUUUACAAGUGUUAAUAUUGGAAGCUCAUUUAUUGCUUAGCUUUGCAGCAAGAUAUAUUUUUUAUCAGCCAUUGCAAAGAAUGGGAAUAUAUACGUACAUGCGUAUACACAGGUAGGGAAAGAAAAAAAACCUAAGGUAGGGAAAUAAAGAAUCUACAUUUCUAUGUUUCUAAAUCCCUAAACACUGUGGAUGGCCUAUCAAUAAAAUGUCUUAGCAACCACCUCUAUCUUAGGUUGUAUCAAUAGGAAGGUCGGUGCAGAUUUACAUAUUAGAUAUAUUUAUGUAAUGAAUCAUAUAUUUGUCUUAACAUUGAAAGUUGUCCUUUGUUUGAGUACACUAGAAGUGUACCCUCUCUUCAGGCUUCUUUACUCCUGUGAGAAAGGGUUGUAAGUAUUCCACUUCAAGGUGCGCUGUGUGUGUACGCACCUGUGUGUGUGUGCGUGCGCGCCUCUCGUUUUAAUCCCUAUAGCAAUAAAUAAACACACAACUAUACAAUGUCCAGUGAAAUGAAAUAAAUAUUCUAAUGUUCUGUUAUCGUUUUUCCAGCUUAAAUUCUGUAGCGUGUAAUUGGCAUUAACAUUCCAUUUUUAUUUAAAAAUGUGGGGAAAACUGUUGUGCAGACAUUUAGCACAUAUCUCCAAGUGAACCUGUUUACAUGAUUUUUGUAACUGAAUUGCAUGAACUGAUUUUUUUUUUCCCCAAGCUAAAUAAAUGUCUUUUAUGUAUAGAAAUCACACAA